AUGCCCAAAGCCAUAACAAUAUCUCAAGUCGACGGCAAGCCCGGCCAAGUCUACUACCCCCUCCAGAUCACCACCGUCCCCAACCAGACCCCCUCCGCAAACCAACUCCUCAUCAAGAUCUCCGCCGCCGCUCUCAACCACCGCGACCUCUUCAUACGCCAGCAUCUCUACCCAGGCCUCGGCUUCGGCAUUCCCCUCCUCGCCGACGGCUGCGGCACCGUCACCUCCACCGGCUCCUCGGCCGCCGCAAAAGCAUGGGCGGGCAAACGCGUCGUCGUCAACCCGGGCACCGGCUGGGACACGGACCCAGAGGGUCCCGAAGACAAGACCGGCUAUAAGAUCUUGGGCGGCACGAAGAUGAACCCCAACGGCACACUCCAAGAAUACAUGCUCGUCGAAGCAAGUGAGGUCGAGGAAGCUCCCUCCCACCUCUCCGACGUCGAGAACGCAGCGAUCCCGCUCACGGGCCUGACGGCGUGGCGCGCCGUGAUGGUCAAGUGCGGCCCGCAGAACCUCAAGCCGGGGAAGAAUAUCCUGGUAACGGGUAUCGGCGGCGGUGUAGCGUUGUGUGCGUUGGAGUUUGCCAGGGCAGCGGGCGCGAAUGUGUUUGUGACGAGUGGGAGUCAGGAGAAGAUUGACAAGGCGAUUAAGCUUGGUGCGAAGGGGGGCGUGAACUACAAGGAGAAGGAUUGGGAUAAGAAGCUGAAGGAGUUGUUGCCCAAGGAGAACAAGAACCUCGACUGCAUCGUUGACGGAGCAGGUGGUGAUGUGGUGUCGAAAGGUGCGAAGUUGCUGAAGAACGGCGGCAUCAUUUCCAUUUAUGGUAUGACCGUCUCUCCGAAGAUGGACUUCCUCAUGCAAGCAGUCUUGAAGAACAUCGAGGUCAAGGGCUCGACUAUGGGUUCGCGGAAGGAGUUCAAGGAUAUGAUCGACUUUGUCAAGCGGACAAGUGCAAGUGUACCAGUAUCACGCGUGGUCAAGUGGGAUCCCAGCGGUGAUGAUAUCAAGGACGUGGACGGGCUGUUCGAGGAUAUGAAGAAGGCGAGCCAGUUUGGCAAGCUUGUCAUUGAGAUUACGGGGAGCAGUGGUGGGGAGAGUAAGCUGUAG